UCCUAGUGUUUUUCCAUCGGUCGAAAAAAUUAUAGAAAUUUAUUUGUGUCUCAUAAAAGCCGAUUCAACUUGUGAAAAGCAAUCAUUUAUUCGAAAAGAGUUCAACAUUUCUUCAUAACCAAAUCAAUCGGACUGUCAGAAAUAACUCAUUACUGCGAAGUAUUUUGUCAUGCUCCAAUGAUAUUACCAACUCUGACGUUUAUAGUGUCCUAGAAUCAAUGUUGGAAGGAUGGUACUGUCGUUCUAUAGCCAACAAUACUGCAGAGGUCGAGGAUGAUGAGGAAGAUAGCCCCGAAGAGGAAGUACCUAAUUAUAAGGAUCAGUAUCGCAAUCUUAAGAGAAAACUCAAGUUUUUAAUUUAUGAAAAUGAGUGUUUCCAAGAAGCCCUACGAUCAACCCAGCGAAAAUUGCUCAAGGUCAACAGGGACAAGAGUUUCCUGCUGGAUCGUCUCCUGCAGUACGAGAAGGUGGACGCGUCAUUCUCUGAGAGUGACGAAACCGAAUCUUCAGAGGAAGAAGGCCCGAAAGUAGAGCCACCAAAGAAGAAGAAGGUAGAGCCCCAGGUGAAUCACUUGAGUCAACAUCCAGGUGCUCCACUGAAACCUCAGAACACGAGUAAAAAGAAAAAACCGAACCCGAAGCCUCUUAAACCGCAGAACAAUACGCCAGUGCAAUCGAAUAAUGUUGUUUCGGUGGUGUCUAUGAUGUCCGAUGGUCACAUGACGCCUGAGGAGGUGGAGAGGCAUUUGGAAUCAAGGCAGACGUAUCUCGAAUUGGUACCUGAGAAAGCGCCUCCCACCGUCCCCACGGAGAUGUUCAGCAAUGAUCCCUCAUUGGACAGUGAGUCCAAUGAACUUGGGGAGAUGGAGACGUCACCUAGUAAUAUGGGAGAGGACUGUCUGAGUGUUGAAAUGAUUGGGGAGUAGGCGGCUGAUAUGAGAGAUUGAUGAUGCACUAAAUGAUAAAGAAAACAUCUCACACAAAUCUCCUUCGAAUGCAAAAAAUCACAAAAUGAAAAUACCAAGAAUAAAGUAUCCCGAGCUGAGUAUUUAGAGAGUGUCCAGAGAUGAGAUAUUUGUAUCAUAAUAAUAGAUUUAGUUGUUCCACAAAAUUGUUAUUUCCUGUUGGGGCACGAAAUGGUUUUCAAAAAAUGAUUUUUUUUUCAUUAGAAAUAUGUGAAAAUACUCGUUUCAUGCGAAACUAGGGAGGCCUCAAAGAUAUGAAACGAAUUCAUGAAUAGAAUAAUUACAAUUUAUUACAAUAUUUAUUGACACUGCUGCUACGUUUACCUAGUACCGAAAACGUCGAGAGGAACGCAGCAGCAUUGUCAAAAUAGUAGAUUUCGUGUUGAGUUCCACUGGGGUUUCCGGCUCGUGUGAGGUUGGCGCGCCGAGCCGAAGGCGAGGUGAAAACCCCAGUGGCACUCGACACGAAAUAUACUAUUUCGUUUACUUUUCGGCAGCAGGUGAACGUAGCAGCAGUGUCAAAAAAUCGUGAGACGGAAAUUUUCACACUCCGGAAUCCGUAUCUAAACAUACUACAUAAUAUUGGAUUACUUCACUUUAUCAUACCCUCUAACCCACCAUCUCACCUGAAUGAUCCAUCUCUUGAGUCAAAUAUUGCGUUGUUGAACGCAGAGCGAUAAUUGAUGCUUGAAAGUUCCGUAUGUUUCAAUGAGCUAAUUUCUAUUUCGGUAAUUUUCAACUUGCAUUUUUUUUUCUUUCAAACAAAACUUGUGUGACAUGUUUUUUCUCUUAGUAGGGGGAUAAGGGCGAUUUCUUGAAGAUUUGGUUGAUUCUGGAGAAUGGAGAAAGGGUUUCGGCAUGAGGAUGAGAAUUUUUGGGAAUAAGAAGAAAGAACGAUUUCAAAAAUUUCAUUUUGAAUGAAAUUGCUCAAGACUUUUUAUUAAGAAAAUUAGAGUUCAGGGGAUGAGGAUGAUAAUAAUGGAAAUUUUUGAAAACGUAAAAAGGUUUCGGGCAUGGAGAUAAAGAUAAGAACUCAGGGUAUUAUUAGAGAUAGGAACCAAAGUUCUGGAAAUUUUAGAUUGCAAAAGAGUGGUGUGAUCAUUGAAGUCAGAUUUUUGCAAGGCUCGCAAAGAUGAUGAAUGGAGUUUGGAUGGGGAUGGAAAUUCAUUUUUGUGACGCACCAGAAAAGUUUGCCCUGCGGAAAUGGGUUUUUAAAGAAUUUCCAAGUAUGGUAAGAAGAACUGAUGGAACUUGCCUAAAAUUUGGGGGUCUGUAGCACAGAAAAUUUAAGAAUGUAAAACGUGUUAUGUCAUAAUUUCAAUUAAAUCUAAUGUUUUUUAUUGCAAUUUCAGAACGGAUAAAUGGAAAUCAUAUGCAUACAAAUUCUCAACCAUAUAAUGGAGCAGAAUGGUUUAUUUAUAUCCUUACUCAUUAGAGAAUCCCUUAGUGAUUCAAUAUCACCCUUUUAUAUAUGCCUCGUGCUUCUCCAUUCUCAAAAGACCGCGAAGAACAAUGGAGGAAGGCCAGAAAAGUAUUCACAGUAUAAUGUUCUAUAAUUUUUUCCAUUACAUUUUUCCGUUUACUUUCGAAUACCGAAAUAAAAAUACGAAUAAAAAUGAUGAGCAACUU